AUGAAGAUACUAAAUGAGAAAACGGUUUUGUAUUAUUUUAAACAUGAGCGCCACGAUAAGGAAGGAACUCUUUUUAAAACUAGAUUGCAAAAAAAGAAUCACUUUAAAAAGAGAUAUUUUGUCUUAUGUGGAAAUAUCCUUGCCUAUUACGAGCGAAGGUCUGACGUUGAACCUUUAGGCGUCAUCUUUCUUGAGGGGCACUCUAUUGAAAUGGUGGACGAUCUUACUUUUGCUCUUAAGUUUCCUUUCAUUAAGGAAAAGGGAAGAGAUUAUUACCUUCGAGCGGAAUCACCAGAACUCCUUAUGGAUUGGAUGCGUGCUCUCUCGCAUUGUGGUACAGACUACCUAAUCGUAUCGGCCGAAGAGCUGGAAAAUCAGUUGCAUGCCCUUCACUCCAUCAAGUCUGCCGUGUCUAUCUUCGAUAAAGCCGAGGCGAUCGGAAUCUCUUCUGAGGAUCACUAUACCUCGGCUAGUAGACAAGCCGCUUCUGGCCCUUUCAUUGAACGACAACGGGGCCCAGGGGACUCUCGUCGUCAGAACCCCUUCCUAUCUGAUGACCCUAGCCUAUUCCAAACCCCUAUUGGGUCAAAUGAAAAGAUAUUAAGUGAAUUCCUAGCUGAGCCAAACGGGAUGGACCACCUCCGCUACUUGUUCACUCUAUCCUUGGACGAUUUACAAUCGAGCUGCGACAAAUACUUCCAACAUUCGUUAAAAGAAUAG